AUGGCGUUCCCGGUCGCCCGUGGCUUCCCGAGGCAUAGCUCUGGAAUCAACCGUUUUCAUUCUCCACCUCAACCUGAGCUCAUCGUGCCUGUUCUCACUGCCGCAUCGGAAGUGGGAAUGAUGACGCCGGGGUACGUAUGGAUUGCAACCGAGGGAGUGGUGGCGGAGUUAGAGAACCUGCCUGAGCUUUCAACGGAGGGGAUAAUCGGCACACGCGUUUUCGUGCCGCCCAACCCCCAGCUGUCGGAGUUUGAGCGCGCCUGGCAGGCGGAUGGGGACGGGAAUGCGACGACUAGCGGCGGGGCCUUUGACACGACCACUCUCUACCUAGCUUUUUACUUACGAUUCCCUCUCCCUUAUCGCCCACUCCAUCCACGCGCUCCUCCACCCCAACUCCCCAACCCCCAACAACGCCCCUCCUCCUGCCGCCAACGGCAACGCCAUAACAUGCCAGUCCGUUCUCCUUGCUCUCUGUCUCUUCACGUCACCUGUCCUGUUCCCCUACCACAUGGUACAAAGCUCAUGGCGGCUGUCACACGCAUGACAAUUGACGGGGUCACAGGGAGACAGGGUUCGUGCAUUGCUGUUCCACACCGCUCAUGGCGGCUCUCAUACGCACAACAAUUGACGGGGUCACAGGGAGGUGAGCGAGCGGUGCAUGUUGUUAGUUGUGGUGCACUAGACAGAGGGUUCUUACAUUGCAUCGAUAGUGCACUAGACGCACAGGGUGAUCGCAUUUUCACAUCGUUUGAAAUAGUAAAUGCAGUCAACGACCGGUUGUGCUCCAUUGGCUACUGGACCAGAGAGAGUGGCCUGACGUCUUCUCUCGAGCCCUCAUCGACAAGCAAGGAUUCGGGCCAAUCGGUGUUAGCAGGUGUCAUAUGGCCGGGCGGGGUCUCCUUUGACUUCACGCAGUUUGUGCAGAAAGCCACUAACGACACCAUCACCGGCUUCUGCGUGGAGGUCUUCUGGGCGGCAGUGGGGCUGCUGCCGUACACGCUGGGCUAUGAGUUCGUGCCCUUUGGAGUUGGCAACCAGUCUCUCAGCUACACGGAUAUGCUCAGGCUGGUGGCGAAUAAGGGGAAACUGCCCUACACACUGGACUACGAGUUUGUGCCCUUCGGCGUUGGCAACCCAUCUCUUUGUUACACCGACAUGCUUAGACUAGUUGCCGAAAGAAGGAGCAAGCAGGGAGUGAUGUAA